AUGGCUUAUUACAAACAAGAUAACGCUGGCUGUUAUCACAGCGGAAAUUCAAUCAUCUCAGCUAGGCUGGCCGGUGAUGCCGUAGGAGUGGCUUUUGUAAGAAACGACUUCUCGGACCCUCAAGGUGGAAGGGGGUAUGUGAUCGCAAAGCAGCAACAAUCAAAGGCGACGUUGGAAGCACGAGGCGAAGCGAAAGAUUACAAAAAAGCUAUGGACUGCCUCUCGGAACACUUCAAGCUCAAAAAGAACGCUCUGAUGGCCCGACAAACAUUUUUAGCGGCUACUCCAUUAGCUGGUGAAACCAUCAACAAUUUUAUUACUCGCCUGCAGAAACUAGCAGAACAUUGCGACUACGAGGGCGAAAGGGACAAUCAGAUUGCAGUCGCUCACCUGACCACAAGUGUGGAACGUGCGGCCACGUGGGUCAUUUUGAAGUGUGUUGUCACUCCAAGCAACAUAAAGGACGGGACUCUAGCCGCAGUUCAAGUCGUGGUCGUGGAAACUCACGAACAAAACCCAGUCGUGGACGAAGAGGAGGAAAUUCAAAGGAACAACGUGACCGGAGACACGAGUGCCGAGAACCGUGUAAGCAGUGAUGAUUUUUACGUGUUCAACGCCGGGAACACUGAUGGACAGAACACUAUGGAACUCAUGAUUGAAGAUAAGCCCAUAAACGUUGUUAUAGACUCUGGUACUAGUUGUAAUUUAAUGUCGGAGGAAGUGUUUAAUUUUGUGACAGGGGGCAAUGCUAGAUUGUUGGAGUGUAAUAAGAGAGUUUAUGCUUAUGCUUCUGUAGAACCACUCCAGCUUAAGGGGAAGUAUAGUUUUAAUGUGCAGGUACUACAGACCCACAAAUGCCUGUAUACUGAGUUUUAUGUAAUGUGCGGUAAAGCAGCAACGUUACUAGGCCGCGAAGCCUCCGAGUUGCUGGGCGUGUUAAAGGUUGGCGUGUCCAUUAACAGCUGUGAUGUUGAAUCUGAUGACAUGGAAAACCUUGCAAACCAAAUUGGCAGAAAGGCCCUACUAAAGACCAAAUUCCCAAGAGUAUUUCAAGGUCUUGGCAAGCUCAAAGGGUAUCAGCUAGAAAUCCACGUUGAUGAGAAUGUUCAACCAGUCGCUCAGCCAGUACGCAGAAUUCCCUUUAGUAGAGGAGCUAAAGUCACUGAGAAGCUAGAAGAAUUGCUCAAACUUGACGUCAUUGAAAAGGUGAAGGGACCAACCAGCUGGGUGAAUCCCUUAGUUGUAGUUGAGAAGCCAAAUGGUGACAUCAGAAUAUGUCUUGACAUGAGGCAAGCAAAUCAGGUCAUUGUACGGGAGAAACAGCCAGUUCCAACGGUUGAAGAGACACUUCAAAAGGUCUCCUAUGCCAAAGUUUUCUCCAAGCUAGAUCUAAGUAUGGCUUUCCACCAAAUUGAGUUAGAUCCACACGCUAGGGACAUUACAACAUUUGCUGCGCCUGAUGGUUUAUGCAGGUACAAGCGCUUACUCUUUGGCGUGAACAUGGCCACGGAAAAAUUCCAGCAAAUCGUGUGGCAAGUAUAUAAAGGCUGCCCUGGUGCAUACAACCUCCAUGAUGACCUGCGAGUCGUCGGGGCAGACCACAAAGCACACGAUGAGAACUUAGACAGGGUCAUGCGCAAACUGGAGGAAUCUGACCUCACCCUGAACUAUAUAAGUGUGACAUUGGUGUAA